AGUAAUCUGUGAUGAUAAUAGUACUCAUACUGCGCUCUAACAUGGACGCAAGGAAACACAUGUGUAAUGACAGUUGACUUUGCUAUCAAACAAAACCUGCUUGCUAUUGCUGUUGUAUUAUCACAUCUCGUAAUAAUAAGAAAUUGAAUGUUAAAAUUUUGUUAAUCGUCGUUCAAUCGAGUUCUUUAAUGCAUUUCUAAAUGUACUUUUGUUCAUGGCUGUGAUGGGGGAAAUGCCUUCUUUGGAUGAAGAGUGCAAGGGAGAGAGUUCUCAAUACAGUGACUCUGUUUACAAGGAACUGUCCAGGUUGAAUGGGCGCAUUAACCAAAUGAGCAAGGUUGCAAUAGUGUCAAGGCUUAAAAGACUGAAGUUGAGCUCAGAGGGCAACUGUGAUGUUUUGAAAACACGACUCAAAAACUAUUACAAGAAGCAGAAGCUAAAAAGUGCCAACCUGCCUACAGCCGUCAAGCUUUUACCUUACUAUGUGAUUGUUGACUUUGAGGCAACGUGUGAAGGGGUUAAUGUUCCGGAUUACCCGCAUGAGAUCAUUGAGUUCCCGGCAGUGCUCGUCAGCACAGAGCAGCAACAGGUGGUAGACCACUUCCAGGCAUACUGCCGGCCUCUAGUCAACCCAACACUCUCUGGGUUCUGCAUGGAGCUCACAGGUAUCAGUCAGGAGGAGGUAGAUGCUGCUGACACCUUCCCACAGGUGCUGAAAGACUUUGAGGCCUGGCUUGCCAAACACAAAUUGGGCUCAAAACACAAGUUCACUAUCGUGACUGAUGGGCCUUGGGACAUGGGGCGCUUCAUGUAUGGACAGUGCAAGAUCUCCGGGCUUGCAUAUCCACAGUUUGCAAAGAAAUGGAUCAACGUCAGGAAGACAUUCAGUAACUUCUACAAGUGCAGGAGGUUCAGUUUGAAGCUGAUGCUUGAACACCUGGAACUUAAUUUUGAGGGGCGGCCGCAUUGUGGGCUUGAUGAUGCUCGGAACAUUGCGCGUGUGCUGCUACGAUUGAUGAGUGAUGGUGCCUCCAUCCAAGUCAAUGAACACAUACAUUUAUUGGCCCUCGAAGAAAAGUCAAAAGUCAGCAAUAAGCCUGAAGGAGUGGUGGUACCAGUUACUGCCAGCAACCCAUAUACCAUAGCCGUCAAGGUGCAACAAGGAUGCAGUCAGGACGCCCACAGCACCAUUUUAAGUCAUUCUGAUGAGGAUUCCACCUCACUUAUGUAGUAUUGCAGACUGAAUUAGGUUCUUCAUGUCCUUAUUUCAGUGUUUCAUAAAAACCAUCUAUGCCCUUUUAUUUACCAAGAAAUGGUGAAGUAAGCCUAUGACCUUCACUAUGAGUCUGGAUGCCAGCAGUCUCGUUAUUUCUCAAAUUGUACAUAAUGUGAAAUAUUUUACUGGGUUUAUUCUAUAUAUUUAUAUUUGAAAAUUCUUCUUUUAUUUUCCUUCUGGGGAAUACCAUAUUUGUGUAAUUCUUGCACAUAUUUUCUGUAGUUUUUUGAAGUGUGUGAUUUAUGCAAGGAAAAAUUAUGUGCCUUUAACAACGAAAUGCAUUUCCUAUUAUCAACGUUAACCCUCCAGGAAUGACUGCCAGAUCAGUUUUCAUUUCUAUAAGGAUUCUCUUCAUGUCAUGCCCGCAAAACUGUCCCACACAAUCGGAGAUGGUUGUCAGUUAUUGUGAACAUCACAGUACAACGCUGCUUUUCCACUCCUGCAGAUAUUUAAGCUCUUUUCCCCUUUCCCUUUGACGUCAUGUUUCUUUGCGUGUAGAAGUACGAAGGAUUUUGAGCUGCAUUGGAUAUUUGUGAUAACAAGUAGCUAUUGUUUUUUCUCUGUCCGAUUAAAAAUUUGUGAAACAUAAUCUUUUGGCAUUCUCUGGCUUAGCGAUGUUUGUCUUCUAAGUGAUAGUUCUUUCCUCUUCGUAAAGUGAUACAGCCAGCUUCUGCUCACUUUACAUUGUGAAGGGCUGAUGCCCUGCCUUGUUGUUAUCUCACGUGCUCCACACAAGUCGCUAUGAUUUUGUUUACAGCCAAGAAACGCUAGAACGGAAUAUGAAUAGUGAAUACCCAAAAAUUGUAUAGCCGAUACCAUGGGUAAAGUUAGGAAAUUCCUGGUUUUCUCAACUUAGAGGGCUGCCUUAUGGCUGUAAGGCUCUUCAAAUAAGUGUGAAUCAUCUUUAGACUAAAAUGUGACCUAAUGUGCUAAUGUGUGUUUAUUGGAAAGUAUUAUUAUAAUUUGCUUACUUCUUGCUGUAUGUACACAAAAUUUAAUCAUACUUUUGUGGAAAGUAGACUGUCAUCUUCAUACUCACUGUCGUGAAAAUCUCAAACCCUUCAUAUUUUUGUGAAUGUUCAAGGUUUGAUGGUUGGUUUUUUGAAAAUGGUAAUGAACUUUCAGGUUCCAUAAAUUCAGGUGAAUUUCAUACCUUAACUAGCUGAGUGAUGAACAGUUUCUCAUGGGCUCUACUCUCUGGAGUAACUUUGUUCUGUGUUAGAGAAUCUUAGGCUGUUUAGGGGCACUGUUUCGAAUACAAUGAUUAUGUAGUGUCAAAUUAUAUUGAAAGAUUAUCAUAAACUGUAAGAUCUGGAAAUUGCCAGUUAUGAUCUGUUUGAAAGUAAUAUCUCGCCAUUUACCUGGAGAGACAGGAAAAUCAUUUAAAACAUUAGUCAGGCUUUAUCAUUACUUCCACAUAAUCCUGUUCUGUUUAAGUGAUAUAAAUAAGUGUGCAUACUUUUGUGAAGGAUUGUAGUGUGUCUCGAAGAAAAAACAUUUUAUGCAAUUGCCAUUUCUAAAAGUACGAGGCUUUUGAAUCCCUAUAUCUCCUGCUGCCCCAAUUUAAAUCCUGUAGUUACGGGAUACUGUGUAGGUGUUGCUGUGAAAAAAUAUAUCUUUAUUAAAAACCCACGUACAGCAAUAAAUUAAAAUACACAUUAUACACAAAAGUUUACUUUAUAAUAAAUUCUUAUCAGGCUACCAGCCGUGUAAGAUGUCUUAAUGAAGAAAAUAAAGUUUUGAGAACCAUCUUUGUCCUCAUCCUCAGGGUACUGUAGUUGUGGGAGAUCCUGUCUGUGCUCAUUGUCUGCCUGACCCAGUUUCGUGUUAUUGGCUGCACGCUAUCCAAUUGGGCCUGGUAUUUAGAGUGAUGUUCUCACUGUUUUUAGCCCAGCUUUCCGAUUGGAUAACAUGUUCAUUACUCGGUACCAGGUCUGGCUCAUAUAGCUGUCAUUGUGUUCCCUUUUCCGCUGCAAGGAAUAGGUCACAAACAGAUUGUUUCUUGAAUUGGAAGUGGAUCAUUUCAGUUCAUGUGGCUUCUGUAUUAUAAAGUAAUUUAUGACAACAAAAUAAAAGUUUUUUUUGUUCAGUU